UACUGAUGCAUACUGGAACAGUGUAGUCCUUCCUGAAGGUCGCAGAGAAAAUCCCUCCUCAUCAUGAUUAGUACCUGGGUGUACUUUGUGGUCUUCGUUCUUGCAAUCAUCAUCACAGUGACUCUGAUUGGAUGUCUCCUCACCAUCAUCGCCAUCUGGACCCGCCCAGUCCUCAGAAAGCUGGUUAACGUCCCUCUGGCCAGCCUCAGCUGUGCUGACAUCCUCUACUCCAUCAUCGGACCUGCCCUCUGGAUCCCGGUGUUCCUGCACCCCCAAUGGGAACCGCCAGGGGCGCUGUGCUGGUUACAGGGGUACCUCAACCCUGUUCUAUGGGGGGUAUCAGUAAGCCACAUGAUGUGUAUCGCUCUCCAGCGUUACUUCAUAGUGUGUACUAACAGCACACGUCUGAAAUCCAAGCGUGUUCUGUUUGGCAUGCUCUUCCUCACAUGGUUGGUCUCUAUCAUUGCAUACUUGCCUCUUCAUGUCAUGGAGGAGGUCAAGCUCGACCCAAAGUUCAAACGAUGCAGCCUGGGAGCUACUCCUAACAUUCUGGGAAAGUUUAUCCCCAUGUUCAUAACGGUCAUCAUCCCGUACAUAACGGCCCUCACUUGUUACGUUCUCAUUUACAACCAUGUGAGGAAGAGUAAGAAGCGUGUCAAGGCUAACGCAGUAAACCCUUCUAACCGUUUGGCUGUUAGCUACUCGCGUGGGGAGGGGGGCAGCGCUGGUCCAUCCACAAAGACUGUAUCUGCUAAUGAGGCAAAUUCCUCUAAGGAUCUGGAUGGGGGCGUUUGGAUGGGAGUCUGCGAUUCCUCCUCACGUGAUGUGAAUAAUCAGAAACCGACCCAACAGCCAAAAAUUGACAGCGAACCAGGUAAAACCAAACGAAUCAUGGUCGCUGAGAUGUCAGACCAGGCAGGAAGUAAUGAAAAACAGCAGCAUAGUCAGGACAAAGAUUCAUCUCCCAGUGACGAGAAACAAAAGAAUGAUGACGACGACGAGCCUGGUAAACCUAAAGGCGGUUUGCAGGUAGCUACCUUGGCAGGCCCAGCAUGUCCCAGAGUACCACAAAAUCAGGGAAAUGCCUCGCAAAACAGUUCAGCAGAGAGGCAGAUCACAAAGAUGACGUUGAUCCUGUUUGCUGUUUACACCGCCUGUUGUAUGCCCAUGACGAUAAUGGUUUUAUUUUCCAGCCAAGUCCCAUCUGAAGCUUUUCUUGUUGGGCAGGUACUCAUGGCACUGAACGGCGCUCUGAACCCUAUCGUAUACGGCCUUAUGAACAAAAAUAUCCGUCAGGGUUACAAGCAUAUCUGGAACAAGAUCGUCAGUUUCAUAACUCGACAGACCCGGUAAUUCAAUGACUACAAAUUGACUCCCUGUAUAACACCAGAAACUUAGACAUAUGAUUGUUGCGUACGGAUAAUAUCCGGGUACCACAAGAGAGAAGAAAAUAUAAUAAAAGGAGGGAUAGUAUACAUCCAGAAGAGAAUAUCUAGGUGCCACAAGAACGGUGGCUUAGCUCCUCAACGAUGUUAGACUUGGCACCAUUUUCCAUCAGUUCAUAAUGGGGCGAAAAGCUUAAAGCCGGCCUUUGAAAAUGCAUUUAAUCAAAUCUUAGAGGGUAAAAAAGUAAAUGGAAACGUUGAUCAGCGUCUACUAGCUAUGACAUAAUUGUAGUGCCCUGACAAUAUUGUGUUUUCACUUGCGUAAUGAUAGGGUGUUCAUAAAUUAACGCUGAGGUUUAGGGCUCAAAUACUUUUAUAGGCCUUUGGGGAAACUACAUUCUACGAUUUUCCUCGCUUUGCUUUAAAUUGAGGUCCCGUGUUUGAGGCAAGCCACAACUCAAACACGUUUAAGAUGCCACUACAAAGUAGUGGUUUAUGCCAUUAUAAUUAGUCCAAAAUCGACAGCACCAUGAACGCACCUCCAAAAUGAGGUGACACAUAAUUGUCGCUUGGGUUUUGUUUUUUUCUUUCAGAAAGGCCCCCCCCCCCUUCAUCCCCAAAAAGUGGAAAAGUAAUUUCUAAUAUCAGAGGAAGCGUGUGCAUUGUUUUCUUAACUUUUUCUUGACUGGUGUCUUUAAAAGCAUGAACUUUGAAGUUUAGACAAUUCUUAAAAUGAAGAACAUAAUGAUUGUAACAGUGCAUCUUUUGUAUUUUCCAUUAUCAUUGGGUACAUCAAUUUUCAUACGUUUGCAGAAAUGAAAAAAAAAAAUCAUACUGU